UGCUGCUCAUCAUAUUCUCUUUAACCCUUUAAGCACGCUCAGUGUGACACGUAGCUACUGUUACGUCAGAUCACUAGCAUCACUUGUUACGUGCACAAGGGGAUGAAGAAUGCGAGUAGCAUUGCUGCAGCACAUACAUGAAGAUAUAAAGGGCUGAGCUGGCCAAAGAGACUUGUAAAAUGGACGAACACACCAAGAAAACUGUAUUCUUUGCACGGAAUUGCACACCCAAAAACUUCUUCCAUCGUAAACAUGGCCGGAUUUGAAGUGGUUAAAGCAAACACUUGUGCCCUCCCGCAGUACUCCCAGGCCGUCAAGUACGGCGAUACCGUGUAUUGCUCUGGUGAUAUCGGAUCGGUCCCAGGUACUGAGUGGGAGCUGGCUCAAGGAACAGCCAAAGACAGAGCAAGGCAAGCUCUCUCAAACCUGUCAGAAAUCCUGAAGGCUGCUGAAAGCAAACUUGAAAACGUCUAUAAGAUCACCAUCUACAUUACUACAAUGAAGAACUUUGCGCUUGUCAACGAGGCAUACGAUGAGUUUUUUACCUGGGAGCGGAAGCCGGCCAGAUGCUGCAUCGCCGUGUUUGAACUGCCGCUCGGGACCGAUGUCGAGAUUGAGUGCAGCGCCUACAUUGACGGGGCAGGAGACCGUGGAAAGCUUUGAGGGAUAUCCUUGGUCCUGCUAUAGCGUACAAAUGAAAACUUCAUCAUACCACUGCCGAGUGACUGAUGUUUUAUCUGGCAUGACGGCUUGCAUUAGGGACUAAGCUUUAUUGGUACUAGGGGUGCAGCUUAUGUAGUCUGGAC